CACCGACAAUGUCAGAUCCACCCAAGCCCCUCCACGACAAUGUCUCACGCACCAAAUCCAGCUCCCCACUAGGACGAGCCGUCUUCAUCGGCCUCCGCGCCGCCGACGUCUGGUGGCAGUACAGCCUGCUAAGCCAAGGCUGGGCCUCGCAGCUCAUCACCAAGCUGGGCGGCUCUCCCGUCGUGGCCGGCGAUGUCUGGGCCACCUCCAGCAGCAGUCUGCACCUCUACUACCACCUCGUCAGCCUUCUUUCCGUGGGCAGCAGCAUCAAGCAGAUCGCCACCAUGCUCUUGGUCUCGGAGCAGGAAACCCCCGUCGGCUCCGCCGCGCUGAUCGCCUUCUUCAACACAGCAUUCAACACGAUAAACACCCUCCUCGCCAUCUGGGCGCGCACUUCCCAAGCCCCAGCCUCCACCAGCAGGACCCUAUGGCACUUCAUCCUCGCAAACCCCACCGUAACCGUGGGCUUCAGCGCCUACCUCGUUGGGAUUCUAACGGAGGCAGUCUCCGAGUUCCAGCGCCGCGCGUUCAAGAAGGACCCCGCCAACAAAGGCAAGCCCUACGGCGGAGGUCUGUUCUCGCUGGCCACCAACAUCAACUACGGCGGGUAUACCGUCUGGCGGGCGGGGUAUGCGAUGGUGACGGGCGGUUGGCCGUGGGCGGCGACGACCUUCGGUUUCUUCUUCUGGGAUUUCGCGGUGCGGGGCGUUCCGGUGUUGGAUGAGUAUCUGGUCGGUCGGUAUGGGCAGGCGUAUGAGGAGAUCAAGGCGCGGGUGAGGUAUCGGUUGAUUCCGUGGGUUUAUUAAAACUCUGUCUGCGAUGUUGGUACCUGGAGUGGUGGCUGGAGGCUUGGUAUCAUUACUAGAAGGUGAGGUGUGAUGGGCCAGCGAGCUUGGUGGAUUUCCCUGUAAGCAUGUCGGAGAUGACAGGCUUGAGGACACCUGUCAUAGGCCUCAAUGGCUGUUAGCAUUCCCGAGUGCAAAAGAUGUUUCUUUUGUUUCAGCGUUGGAUAUCGACCUAAUGUUCUCUUGCACCGAGAAGGGUGCCAGGGUGCAAGGUGAAUGUUCUCC